AUGGCGAAAAUCACCCUUCAACACGCAAACAGAACUUUUUCAGCCUGGAGCUCCCACCCGCAGCUGGAGAUCACAAACCCCCGCAGCUUCGAAAGAGUCAUCUUCUUCUUACACGGUUUUCCAGACAACAACGAAGGAUACGAGAAUGUCACGCCAAUUGUCGCCCAGCACUACAAAACGAAGGUCUUGUUGAUUGCGCCCGUAAUGAGGGGCUACGAGGCCUCGUCCCAGGGCCCAGACACCGAGUACAAGAUGUCUGAUUUGGCUGGAGACUUGAGAGCAUGGAUUUUACUGAUUGUGCCUAACAAGGAGGUGCCUGUCCACUUGGUGGGCCACGACUGGGGCGCCAUCGUCACCUUCAAAACCGCUUCCUUAUACCCGGAGCUUAUCACCUCGGCCGCCACCAUGGCCAUUCCGUACCUUGCCAACCUCAGACCAUGGCACUAUCUCUGGUACGCUCCUCGCCAGAUCUACUGCCUGUCGUACUUCUUCACCAUGCAAUAUGCGUUUUUGUACCGCCACAAGUUUGGAGACUUGCUGGUGCCGGGUUAUUUGGACGAGCUCUGGAAGUACUGGUCGCCCAAUUGGGAUUUCAGCAAGCAGAUCGACUCUGUGAGAAAAACGCUUGCUGAACCCGGUGUUCUCGAUUCCGCCACCGCCUACUACCGUAAUCUCUUCAGACCCAGCAUCAUCAAGGAGCGCAAGUGGAUUGUGGAUUUCGAAAAAGUGCCCACCUUGAUUUUGGGCGGUGACAAGGACAAUUGCAUGGUUUCGGAAUUGUACGACUUGGAGGCCCAGCUCUUGGCUUCAAAGCCCAAGGUGAAGGUGCAAUUGUUGUCUGGACUUGGCCAUUUCAUGCACAGAGAAGACCCUACCAAGGUGACGGAGUUGAUCUGUGACUGGUUUGACAAGUACAAUUGA